AUAGACUCAGGACGACUAUAAAACUGCUUUCUUACCCAUUGUGUUGAUGUAGUCAAGAAAUAUUCCAUAGCGUACAGACGGAGAUGGAGGAGUGAGGAUAGGUUUGAGUGGCUCCUAAGAACCGUUUGUCUUGCGGCUCGCAAGCAAACUUUGUGUGAAGAGCGCGCGGAGAUUUAUCUGUGGAGAAGUUUGCCAUUGCCAUCCCUCUGAAACGUUAACUCUUGCAUUUUAGACGCAACGUCGCACACUUACACAGUAUAAGCCUUUUGUUAUUUCAAUUGUUGAAAAAACACACAGACACAAAAAUCCCGGCAGUUAAAGAUAGUUGUCUUGUGAGUGAGUCGUAUGUCUAUCCACUCUGUCUCCUCUAGUUAAAAACAUCUACUUUCAAGAUAAGCAGUGCAAUAUUAGGUGAGAUAUUUCGCUCGCUGUACUGUCGGUUGAAAUGGGCGCGUGUGACGAGCGCUCGGUUUACCGAAGAUCUGUCCUCUUGUGGACUCUCCUGCUGCUGAUGACACUGGGGUUGACGUGCGUUCAUGGUACUUGGGGACCGGGAGUUUACAAAUACCAAACCGGGACAGCCCUCAACAAAGAUCAGUCAAAAAGGAACUGGUGUCCGCAGACAGUGACUAAGACAGUGACAUGUCAGGUUCAGAAUGGAACCACUCUUCAGAGAGUGUACCAGACCUGCAGGUGGCCUCAAGGCUGCAAUGGGGGAAGCUACCGCACUGUGGUCCGUCCAUCCUAUAAAGUCGUGCACCGCACCAUCACCUCGCUAGAGUGGAAAUGUUGCCCAGGAUACAGUGGAUCUCAGUGUGAGGAAGGGUUAUCAAGUAACCUGGUUGCCCAGGAGGCUGUAAGGAAACAUGCCAAACUUCUGAAACCUGCUGUUAAAACAGGAGAGCAACUCUCUAAUUGUCUAAAUUGCAGUCGUAUCACUGCCCUCACAGAUCGUGUGAGCUCUCUGGAGACCAAGGUUCAACUUCUUACUGCACCUGCCUCCUCCUCUCAUAAGCACAUGCAAUUAAAAAAUGGACCAGAAUCCUCCUCUCUAAUGGGGGCACCACCUGCUAAAGGUGCUCCUGGGGCUCAGGGUCCUGCAGGUCCACAGGGCGAGAAAGGCAGAAACGGCUUAUCUGGUAAAGAUGGUAAACCAGGGUCUCGAGGUCUGCCAGGACCUAAAGGAGAUGCAGGUGUCAGAGGUCCAUCUGGAGCUCCAGGGUCGAAAGGAACAUCUGGCCCUCCAGGUCCGCAGGGACCACCUGGCCUCCCAGGAGACAGGGGCCUCCCUGGGCCACCCGGCCCUCCUGGGCCCCCUGGACCUCCAGCCCCUGCUCCUGAACAAGAUGCUGGCCUGAAAAAAGACAGCCUCCUCCAUAACAACUUCCCUGACCUCCAAGUGACCCCUCCCCAGGGACCACCAGGUCCAACUGGACCCACAGGACCUCCAGGACCAAUUGGACCACCAGGCCCUAUCGGACUGACUGGAAAGCCAGGAGCUCCUGGUUUGCAAGGCCCUAUGGGCCCAAAGGGAGAACGAGGAGAAAGAGGGCCUCAUGGAUAUCCUGGAGAGAGAGGGUUUAAUGGAGAGCCGGGAGAAUCGGGACCUAAAGGAGAGUCAGGGGAAAAAGGUCUUCCGGACUUUAAUUUGAAGAAGUUCCAAGACUUGCAGGCUGACUUAGAGCUGCUGGCUCGCAGGGUGCAGCUGCUGGAGGCGAUCAUCUGGCCAGAACCAGAUCUAGGGUCAGGAGAUGGUCUAUUUGGCACACCAUCUCCAGACGUCUACCGGAUUAAGAGGGCAAGAAUUUCAUCAUUCCGGGUCAACUCACCCUUAAUCACUGCUGAGACCAAGGUUCAAGGAAAGUAGUCUUCAUAUUCCAAAGA